ACGUCUACGUCAUCGGGAGCCGCCCGCGGAACUCGUGUACUUCCGAAAGCUCCAUGUAUUCUGUGAGCUUUGGCGUCCUGAGGUGGAACCAUGUAUCUUUCGACCCCCGUGGGCUCCCCUCACACCCCGGUAGGUGGUGGGUCAGGCCGAAGGGGCCUCCGUCUCGGCGGCAGGAAGGGCCAGGCGUCUGUCAGUUCCCCGGCGCUGUUCUCGCCGGUGACCCGGAGGAACGUCAGCUCCCUGUCCGCGCGGUGUACUCCCACAAAGGUUGUGCAUCAUCCAACAGGAAGUGAAACCAUUAACUAUGACGUGAAAGGGUUUGGCUCGCCCCUACCAGUAAAAGUUAUGGAGGCCUUGAGAAUGGCUGGUGCUGAGGACUACUUGAGCGUGCAGAUAGAUGGAAGUGGAUGGGCUUGGCUGGUAUACAGAGACAGACUGAUUAUUUGGAAAAUUGGUCGAUCGCCAACUGCAAAGCUGUCCGUAUGCAAGGAAUUGCAGUUGCCACCCAGUGACUUUCAGGGCAAUGCAGACUUAGUAGCAGUAUCCUGUCAUAAAGUUCCUGGUGAGGCUCCUUCUUUACAGUCUUUAUCAGUAAUGGUUACCACAAGUGAAGGAUCGAUAAGAUAUUGGCCCAGUCUUGUGCAUGAAAGUUCCUACACUGAGACAUGCACAGAUUUUGGAGGCUCUCUCUGCAGUUUUCUCACAGCUGUAAAGGGAGGAAGUUUUAUUUUAUCAUCGUCACGGGGCCAGUUUAUCCGACUGACACCAGAUAACUCUGGAAAGAUUCAUCAGCAUGGCCUGCCACAAGGACAAGGCAUGUUUUCAGGAAUUGGUCGAAGAGUUUCUUCUCUGCUGGGCAUCUUGUCUCCCAGUAAUGAUGCAGCACUCUCUAGUGUUCUUUGGAACAACAGCAGUUCAAGGUUUUAUGCAUUAACCAGCUGUAAUCUUCACAAGUGGGAAGUCGAUGAAACUGCAGAACGGCAGGUUCUCAGCUGGGAUGUAAAUAGACUACUUAAAGAAAGUAUCAUGGAAUCAAUAUGGGGAUCUGAAAGCAACUAUGGAGAAAUUAAGGGAGAGGUCAAUGUUCAGUAUCUGGAUUUACAGCAAAAUCGUGAUGGCUUGGUGAUUUUGGCUGCUGCCUGGCAUCUUGGUGACAAUCCAUGCCUCAUCUAUUAUGCUUUGGUAACACUGGAAGAUAAUGGUUCUCCCACAUCUGAUAAUGUUGUUGUAGAGGUCACCCAAUACAACCCACCUUUUCAGGCUGAAGAACCGGAGGGUCAUUUAGUGGUCCCAGAUUUCUCCAGUCAAGCUGCUUGUCUUUACACAGAAGAAGCUGUAUUUGCUUGUUCAACUGGGACAGGAAGACCUUCCUUACCCCAGGAAAAAAUUACUUUUAGUUCGCAAGGUGAUAGAAUCUUAGGAGCAGGUUCUUGUGCUGGACUUCCCAUUUUCUUUGCUAGAAAAAGUGGUCUUUUAGCUGUAUAUUCGAAGGAAACAAUUUCUGUGCUUCCAGAAGACAUUGAGGAUUCUCUAGCCUCCUCUAUAGCUGAGCCAAAUGAUGAGAGUAUUGCAUUUGAACCUUCUUCGAGAAUGGAUAUUGUAGCACCAGAGGAUAAGAUAAAACUGUUAAAAUCUGCUUUCUUGCAGCAUUGCAGGGAUGAUGUGAAGAAUGCACAAGCCAUAGUUGCUGAGCUGUUUCCCCAACAUAUAGAUUUAGGCCCAUCUUCUGAUCUGGAUAGUGCUGUGGCUCAACUCAGUGAGGAAUUAGUGGAUGAUUAUCCUACAUCUGACCCUCGUUGGGCUGAAUCAGUACCUGAAGAAGCAGCAGGUUUCACUGGCUCCUCCAUCAUCCUUCUUCGCCAGUUGGACAACAAGUCACAAGCACAUUGUCUCUUCAUUGACUUCCUUCGCAAGAUGGGUCUGUUGGGACGUCUGAAUGUUAUUCAAAUCAGAAAUGCACCGAUGGCAACUCGGCUAUUACUCAGUGAACAUUCGGAAAAGUUAGCUGCAGCCAUUGCUCUCAAAAACUAUCACUACAGAUUGCCAGAGGUAGUGAAUGCAGCCAUACAGCUUGCUUUGGAGAAAAGAGAAAGUGACAUUCCGCCAAGUCUAACUCCUGCUGAUGUUUUCUUCAGAGAGGUGUCGCAAAUAGAUGCUAUUUUUGAAUGUUUGCUGGAAAAGGAAAAACAGAUCUUGGAGGAUACAUCUGUUCAAUCUGAUGAAUGGGCUGAAAUAGUGAUCUAUGUAAAUAACAUCAUGAAGGAUAUGCUACAAGCUGCUCUCCAAGACCGCCAAUCCAAAGCAUCUUCAUAUAAAGUAAGAGAACUUCCUGAAACAGAACCAGAAUAUGUUCCAUGGACAGCAUCUGUUGCUGUGCGGACUGCAAUAAUGCAACAACAUGAAAUUGUUCUGAAGAAGGUCUAUCCUCAGGUUAACAGUAAGCUUCGUAGCACAGUGACAGAACAGCUGGUGGCACUAUUAGACUGCUUUCUGGAGGGUUAUGUUUCUCAGCUGAAGUCUGUGGACCGGCCUGAGUAUCGAGAGCGACACAAGAGUCUUGAAAUGGAAUACACGCAGAAGAGAUCAGAAUUAUUGUUACCGCUACUUUCUCUCGGACAGUACCAGUUAGCUGCUACUCUGGCAGAAAAAUACCGUGACUUUGAUAUUUUGAUACAGAUUUGUGAACAGAGUGAUAACCAAGCCAAAUUGCAACGUUAUAUGACCCAGUUUGCUGAUCAGAAUUUUUCAGAUUUCCUUUUCCGCUGGUAUUUGGAGAAAGGGAAACGAGGAAAGCUGUUAUCUCAGCCCCUUGCUCAACAUGGUCAGUUGGCCAGUUUCUUACAAGCCCAUGAGCAUCUCAGUUGGCUGCAUGACAUCAACAGUAGCGAUUUUGAAAAGGCUCACCGAACACUGCAGAAUUUAGCCAAUACAGAAACUCGCUACUUUGCAAAGAAGAAAACUCUCCUUGGUUUGAGCAAAUUAUGUGUCCUGGCUUCUGAUAGAUCAGAAGUGAUACUAAAUGAAGAAACUGAAGAAAUUGCUGAGCAAGAACGCUUUUUGUUGCAUCAGGAAACUCUCCCUGAACAGUUGUUGGCUGAGAGAAAUUUUAACCUCAAUGAAAUGCCUGUAUUAAGUGCCCCUGAACUGAUUGAGUUGUACAUAUGCAGUGACAACAAGAGAGCUAAUGAAUAUGACUUCAAGAAGGCACUCGAUCUGUUGGAAUACAUUGAUGAGGAUGAAGAAGUUGAGAUAUAUGAUCUUAAACUUAAAAUACUUUGCAAAGCUCUUCUCAGAGAUGGGUGGUCAAGUUCAGAAGGUAAAGAUGACCCAAUUGAAGCAUCUAAAGACAGCAUAUUUGUGAAAAUACUACAAAAGCUCUUAAAAGAAGGUGUCCAGCUCAGUGAAUAUUUGCCUGAUGUGAAAGACUUGCUGGAAGCAGAUGAACUUGAACAUUUAAAAUCCAAUACUUAUUUUGAAUUUGUACUAAAAGCAAACUAUGAGCUUUAUGUCUACAGGGAGGCAUGAGAAUUCUGAAUGUAAAUUUAAACCAUUUUCAUUUUUUACAUUGUGUUUUGCAAUAAAAUAUUUACUCUAAA